UGUAACAAAAUUGAAAUCAUUUAUCAUCUCCAGCUCAGAUUAAUUCUCUUCUUCGUAGCCUGAGAUAUAUUUUAUCACCUGUUCUCAAUUAAGAAAUAUAUAAUUUUUUAAAAAUAAACUUAACUCUUUUCCAAGAUGGCAAACCACCACGAAUUAUAUGACAGAUUGAACGUUUCCAUUGACUCAUCCCCCGAGCAAAUUCGGUCCACGUUUCAUCGGUUAUCGAGACAAUGCCAUCCCGAUCGGUUAGGAAGCCAGGAUUUAUCUGAGGACGAGAGAAAUGCUAGAUUGCAAGAGUACAACAACAUCACAGAAGCGCACCGCAUUCUAUCCAACCCGGAAACCAGAGUUUUAUACGAUAGCCAAGGGCUGGAUGGGAUUCGACGCGUUGGAGACAGAGUGCAUGGCAGAAAUUUCACAAAUUUUAAAGCUGGAAAUUACGCUACCAACUUGACAUCAACACGACUUCCAAGCCAUUUCAUUUUAUUAUUUGGCGUAAUAUGUGUCCUUCUAAUUUCUUACCUUAUUCCACUCCGGAAUACAAAAUUUGUUCCAAAUCCAAUAAUCCCACGAGAUAUGGAUUUGUAUGACAGAUUCGAUAAAUUGCUGAUAAAUUUAAAGAGGCUUAAAACGCAAAAUUUUGAAUUGUCAGGUAAAUUAGCCGAUUUGGAGAAUCAGGUCGCUGUCCGUGAGAAAAGUGAGCAGAUAAUGAAUAAUACUAUUGCAACUUUACAUCGAUUGGUUGGAAACUUAGAAAAUCACCUCACGCGUAUUAGCAGAAGUAGCGAGAAUUGUGAAGUUACUUUAAACCUGCUUAAAGAAGAAGUUCAGACUUUUAAGACAAAUUUAGAACCUAAGAAUAGUACAACAUGGACGAUUGGUUCUUUUCUUGGGUUCUAAUUUUUCUCUAUUGUUAGAAAUCUGGUAUAGUCAGACAGGUAUUGGUUUCUCGGUGUUAAAGUUUAUACCGCAGGGUCGUAUACCGGUCCGUAAAAAUGUCCUACGGAUAUGGUAAAACGUUAAUACCGAGCUAUUGUUACAGCUGAUUGCUUAUCAACACUACUUAUACAUAAUGUGUGAAUGCCGUUUGAUAUUAGUGUAAUACUGGAUUUCUUAUAGUGCAGAUUUAUGUAUCUGUAUAGUCUUACAUUAAUCAGGAAUCCACAUGAGUUGUACUAAAUUUAUACAUAAUUUAUAUGUAGUGCAUGAAGUCAUUACAAAUAAAUUUAUGCGGAGCUACUCUGCAUUUUCAUUUGUAA